UCCUCAUGACGGGAGACCAACGCAAACACCGAAAUCACUCAGAAGGCUAAAAAGGUGCACUCUUUAUCCAGGAUAGCGCGCGACCUCGCGGAGGCGUUUCGCGGGCUGUUCGGCGCUCUGACGGGACUGCCUGCCCCGGGUCGCUCGGUGGUGUCGGAUCCGGUUGCUGCUACGAUGCGUGUCCGCUGCUCCUCGAAGCUCCGUCGGGGAAGUGACUCUUUCACCGGAUGAUGGACAGGAACUACCCGACCUCCGGCUUUGCGGACGCGCUGGCUCCUCCAGCACAGACCGUAGCUUCUUGGGCCUAUGACCGCAGCGCGGCGAGUGUCAAGCCAAGUUCCAGUUAUGGAGCAGCACACCUCGAUGCAGAGCUCCUGCACCAGCUUCCCACCUACACUACAUCGCACCUUCCUGCAACAGCAGGAACACUCGACUCGAGCAGUAAUUCUUCUGAGACCUCAAUCAUGAGCUUCCUGUCAGCCAUGGAAUCGAGAAGCCUUCAGGCUGGUCCUGUUGGUGCCUCACUGCUGCCUCCUUUUCGACCCCUAUCAUGGCCUGCCGGUACCAUCUCCAGCACAGAGCUGUAUUUGACUGGCGCCCUGCCUUCUACAGCCACGUUCCCCUCUCCUGCUGCUCUGUCGUCCUAUCAGCACGCUGGUGCCUACCCUUCCCGGAGUUAUGCUACCAACCCAUCCUUGGCUCUCCAGGAUCCUGCCUUCAGCACUUCCGCCAAUGGCCUGUUCUCUCACCAUGACCCCCUCAUCCAUCUCAAAUCAAGCCAGACUCUGCUUCCCACUGCACUGGCAUUCAGUCAUCUCUCCACGCCCGCGUUGGGUUCGGCUCUGCCUGUCCAGUCCUCGACCUACCGCUCAGCUCAGGAGUCGGCCCCGCACCUCUUGCAACCCCAGUUCAGCCUUCUCCCCUCUGCCCUGCCCGCCCCUCAUGGUGCGCCACAACCCUAUGGGGCCGCGGUUUUCUCAGGCUCUAUUGAAAGAGCUCUUCAGCGUGAAUGUAGUGUAAUCAAACACCACCAGAGGCCUUCCAGCAGCCACACGGCCUCCGAGCAAUUGCCCAAUUCAGAGCACCCCUUACAAGGGUACUUUGGCUCUGGCAGUGAAGUGGACGUGUCCUACCAGCAGGACCCGUCCCGUCAGACCCCCGCGUCCUGCAGCCCUUCCACAGGAACCAAUUCCUCCCACGGGAUCAAUCGGGCUCCACAACCCAAAACGGACUCAGUAACUCAAGCUUAUUCUUCCACCUCUGUGCCGAAGGCUAAAGACGGCUCUUCCAAGCUGGCUCAACACCCUCUUGGGGACGAGGAGAGUCACGAGCACUCUCAGAAGCUGGCUGGAGGGUCUCCCGACCGCUACUCCUCCCCGGGGCAGAAGCAGAACUCUGCGGUUGCUAAUCAGCAGUCAGUCCAGCUCUCCAGCCUCAUGUCCACGAGUCUGUCUCAAACCUACAUCAACUCCCAAGCCCCGUCACAGCCCUCCCAUUCCACCUCGGAGAAACACUCCCCCCUUUACAAGACUCUGCCUUCCCUCUCGAGCCAGUCGGACAACGUGGAAGCUGUUAGUCAGACUCUGGUUUACUCCUCCAGUCCUGGGAUGAGCCACGAGCAGGAGAUCCAGUAUGGCGCUCAGGUCCAGGGCUUGUGCCAGGGGAAUCCCUCUGAGAGCUACCCCUCAUCCCACUCUCAGGGUGCCCCGAAUGUGACUUUCACUUCUCUGUCACAGGGGCAAGUGUCUGUGACUCCGAGCUAUGUCACGGGACAAUCCCUCAACGCCUCUUACCCAGCGACGUGUGUGCGGAGUCUGCCCACAUCCGAUUCUUCACAGGACUACAGCCUCAUGCAGUCGUCCGUCGGGGUUAAAACGCACGACGCACUGUCCGGACAACAGACACAGCCCCACAAAUACGUUUUGUCCCCACCGUUGCCUACCUACUCUUCAACUGCUCAAGCCUUACAAAACAACAUCAGAUCCUCAAUACAGGACAUAAAGCCAACAUAUGGGAAACAUAAACUCGGAGAGCUUCCCAUCCAGGACGUAGACGCGCUCCAGCAGGCGUCGAUGGACGCGUCCGCUGCAGCCAGUGACAUGGCCGCUCACAACAACGUCAUCUAUGUCGUUUCAAAAAUGGACGAUCAUCACAAAACGCAAAGCGUCAUCCGAAGCUAUUCACGCUCUGAGGACCAGCUCAUGGGACUCGGGCAUACGAGCUCGGCACAGAUAAAGGAUGAACGGAUGGCUCCUCUGAGCCAACAGCACAUUCAUCUAAGCAGUGCCAAUGGUCAGGAAACUGCCAACACAAAAACGACUAACUCCAGUAUUCUAUCUUCACAUGUACCACUUGGCUCAGAGCAGCUCAAGCAGCACCAACUCAAAUCUCCCGACUCACAUCAACAGAAUCCCCAGAAUCACACUCAGUCCCAGAGCCAGACCCCCGUCGCCCACCCCCAAUACAUCACCGUCCCCAGCGCUCUUCUCGAACCCAGCCAGAUGAUUCUACUUCAGCAGCCCCUCGUCCACCACGGUCAAAACACUUCUAAGGCGGUGUCUGUGCAAGGUAUCCAACCCGCCCAAGAUCUGGGCCCUGUUCACGUCCAGUAUCUUCAGAUGAGCCAAGAGCUGCUGGGGCCCGGCGUCACCGAGGCCCAGGGGCAGCAGGGCGUGUCCGAGCAGAGCUCCGGAUGCCCCGAUUCCUCCAAACACUACGGCCAGUCGGCCAAUCGGCAACCGGACGACGCCAAGAACCACUUUGCUCUCAACUCCAUCUGCUUUCCCGACUCGAUGCUUCUCGCGGACGAAAGAAACAUUUUGUCAAACGUCGACGACAUCCUGGCCGCCACGGUGGCCGCCUGCGGUGUCACGCCGCAAGACUUCGCCAAAGCGGCGUCCUCCGCCGAGGCGGAGAUGGCGGCGAUGGCGAGCCCCGCGGAUUCCAAAGGCCACUUCCAGACCGUGGACGUAAGGCACAUGUCACCGAGUUUCUCCUCGGCACAACAGGCAAUCAUGACCAACACGAACGCCCACAACAUGACCAUGACACUAAAUGACGUUCAGAUGGCCACAAACUGCCACGGCCAGCCCGUUCACCACAGCGGCUCUGAGCUGGACACUAAUGGAGACGGAGGGAGCUCCGAGAGUGAUUAUCACUUAGCGGGUCAGGUGUAUGACCCCCCGGGUUUCCAGGGCUUAGUCAAAGGGAAUGCGAGGUGUAUUAAAACGGAGGACGGCCUCGUGGAAUGCCAAGGCGGCGACGACUUUCCCAAAAAGAAGGCUCGCUCCAAAUCCUCCACCAAACCCGGUGGCCCCGAGGAGGACAGUGGUCAGGCCAGACCGGCCAAGCGCAGCGGGCAGGCGAAGCGGCAGAACUCCCGCGGUAGUGACGUCAGCCCGCCGUCUGCCGCGCACGCCGUGUACGACGGCUGUCCGCACCAGGAGAGAAUCAGGCAGAAGAUCCGAGAGGUCGAAGAGAAACAGCCAGAGGUGAAAACCGGCUUCAUCGGCUCCUUCCUCGACUUCAUCAAGUCCGGCCCCAAACAUCAGUACUCUCCGAGUCCGACGCGGACGAUCAACCGCCCGAGGAAGCCCGGCGCCACUUCCAAGCCGCCGCUCGGUCCUUUGCCUUCUUUGCCGCCCCGACUGCAGCCUCUGCCCGGGCCCUCGAUGCCCCAGGAGAGUCGAGGAGCGAGCAGCCAGCAGAAGCGUCUGGAUGAAGAUUUGCAAAAGAACUUGGAGACUCUGCCAUCGUUCAGCUCCGACGAAGAGGAGAACACGGGGAGGAACCAGGCCCUGAGGAACCGCAUCAGCUCGGCGCUGUCGGCUCUGGAUGAGUCUUCAGAUCGGAAACCAAGGGCAGACAACCCAAUCCCUGGUUUGAUGAUGAAGACGGACCACGUUCCCAGCAUGCCCCACACCGUCGCCGAGACCUGUUUGUCCCGCGUAACCACGCCGACGCCGACGGCAAACGCCAUCACAUCGGGGCCCGUGUUUGCGGCGAAAGAGGAGUCCAAAGAGGCCCCGCCGGGCCAGCUGGCUGCGCGGCUGACGAACGUGGCCAUGGAGGGACUGACCGACGAGGAGCUGUCGGACAGCGGCGGCGAGGGGAUGUACCGGGAGAGGGACGAGUUCGUCGUCAGGAAUGAAGAUAUCGAGAACUUGAAGGUGACGAUGAGAGCGGGCAGCGAGCCUCCAGCCAUCUGGAAGGUCCAGAAGGCUCUGCUGCAGAAAUUUGUGCCCGAGUUGAGAGACGGAAGGCGAGUCUUCUCGGCCACCAACAGCUAUCUUGGAUACUUUGGUGACGCCAAGACCAUGUACCAGAGGGUGUAUGUGAAGUUCUUGGACACCGUCAACAAAAGGGAGUACGUCCGCGUCUGCAGCCGGAAGCCACGCUGCAAGCCGAUGAACUCGCUACGGGGUGUUCAGGUGAAAACUCUGCUGGGCUUGACCUCCGACCCCUCCUCAGUCUCCCAAAGCCAAAAGCCUCGACACAAACAACUCAAGUCCCGGGCAGAGGCCCCACCGAAGAAGAGGAGGAAAUGGAAGGAGGAGUUGUCGCCGACUGCCUCGGGAUCAUCUGCAGACGAGGAAGGAGAAGAUGAUGAAUUAAACCCUCCACUGCCGUUUGCUUCACGGUUACUCAACACGCGCACCAUGAAGGAGACGUUCAGGAGCUUCGUGGAGCUGCUCGUCAGCAUUGCCUUAGACGAAGAUGUAAUGACGGCGCUGGAGAGGGCAAACGAUGAUCUCCUGCUGCCACAGAUGAAAAGAGUGGAUGGGAUUAUCACCGACAACAGGAAACGCCUGCUUCACAAACUGCACAUCGGGCAGGUCCUAAAGGCGGCUCUCGACAGCUUCCCAGAGCUCUCAGUGGUGACUGAACUGAAGAAGGAUGGGGAAACCCCCGCCGUUAAGGUGCGUCUCAGUGGGAAGGCCUACAACAAGAAAACAAUGAAGCCCUACAAGAUGCCGAACAAAGUGCCUCAGGAGUACACAGUGGACCAGCAGAAAACUCCGUGGUUCUCUCUGUACCACUCGUUGCAGCAUUACAAGUACCACACGUACCUGAUGUGUAAGGACGAGAUUGCGUCCAUGCGGGUGCAGACGGUGGACCUGGGGCAGGAGGAGGCGGUGCAGAAGUGUCUGCAGAACGGAGCGUGGGUCGAGGGGCUCUUCGACCGCUUCGGAGAGCUCAUCAAUCAGGUGCAGCAGGCCUGCCGCUGAUCCCGUCUCGCUUUACAACUGAAUCGAGCAAAACUAUAAAACAAAGAAGCUCGACGCGUUUAGAAACACGAGGACGCCUCCGGUCGCGACGCGGCAGCAGAGAGAAGGGCGGAGCGAGUUUCUCCUUGGAAUCAGGGACCCGUCGGCUGACGUGCCCGGGAGGCGUUUGGGGCCUGUGGUGUCGGCGAGACGGGAGCAAAGGUCAACCCUGCAUCGCUUGCAGCCACUUGGCCAAACGGAGGACACGGACAUUUCUUGGAGGUCUUCCACGUCACGCUUUUCAGAGCCUUUGUACGUUUUUUGUAGUUAUUAUCCCACUUUUUAUGGGUAUUUUUCAUAGAGGUUUUUGUUUUUCAGCCCGUUUAAUGGCAGAUUAUAACCAGAGAGUAUGCACUAGAUAGAAAGCAAUCUGCAUAGGACGUAGAGCACAAGAAAUACAAAUGCAGAACAGUUAUAACACACCUGUGGCAAUCAUUGGAUGUGUAGGCUCACAGACUGACGACUGAUUUAUUGUAAAAACUCACAAAUGAAAAAACUCUAUAUUAUGUAUAACCGUAGUUAUAUAUUGUUUGUAAAACAUCCAUUUUUAUAAUGGAGCGCCAACUUAUAUAUAUAAUGUACAUUUUGUAUAAAAAACCGGGAGGUGGGAACUGCAGCGACUCUCUUCAGGAGGAAUUCCGUGACUCCACACUGAAUCUAUAAUGUGGUUUAACUUUAGUGCUUCAAACAUUUGCUUGUCAGAUGCAAGUCAGUGCUUUGUGCUUUUUUAUGAACUUUGCUAAUCAAAUAUUGUGACCGUGACUUGCCAGAAGGUCAAAUGAAAUAAAUAAAAGUUCUCUUUAUACUCCUUUACAGAUUUAACCCACAUUUUAUGACAAAUAGAUAUAUAUUUUUCACAUACGUAAAUAUUGUUCUAAGACACUUUUUUCAGCGUUUUUUCACAGUUUUACAAAAUUGACUCUUUGUAUGUCAGUUAUCAAUUUCACGCUAUCAAAAAACAAUCUUGUUGUUUUCAGUUUGUAAAUAAAGUGCGGCAUGUAUUAGA